AUGCGCGGUGGUAGAAGUAAUUGUUUUAUUUUCGUGGUGCUUAUCAAUGUUAUCAUCUUUAUAACUUUAUUUGUGUCCAACUACUCCGCCAGGCAUGCAGCUGUUAAGAAAACAAAGUGCAAUAUGCAAAAUUUCUACAAUGCUUUCACAACAGCUGAUAUACAAAAUAUUCAACAGAAGAACACUAAACUGCGCCGCAUAUUUACCAAUGCGACAAAAUUUCCACUUGAGUUAAUGCUAGAGAAUUACCUACAAAUUCCAACAAACAAAAGAGAAUCACCGAUAAACCGAAGGUACCAAUUACUCGUGCAGAAUUGCUCCCAUCAAAUGAGUAUACGUAUCAAAUAUAUUAUCAAACUACAUGCUGAUGAUUGUAUUCUGGACCCUAGCAAUUAUAACAUAUAUUAUAAACGACGAAGACGAAUUUAUCACUCAACUAUUCCACACACUCGCAAAUCUGAAUUUCUAUUCAAAAUUAAUGCACGAAAAAUUCACUUUAUCUAUCUCAACAACAAACUUAAUUUGUUGUUUUGUGAACAGAUUGGAUCUGAAGCGACGUACAAUGUGUUUCAUUACCGUCUAAGAACCCGAAAUUGUAUCUUACAAACAAAAUUGCCAAUGCCUUAUUUAAGGUUAAAACGUUCAAUUUUUCAACUGGGAAAUAGAGGAACAAUACUGGCAAUCAUCCUAGUUUUAGUUAUAGGUGUACCUAUAUUGAUUAUUCUUACCUCUCUCUUUAUCAUUGUUGUUAUAUAUUGCUGCUGCCAAAAGAAUGGAACAACGGAAGAUGAACUACCGAAAAGUUUGAUCGAGAACUGCAGAAGAGCAGAGCCACCGCCCGAAGAACAAGGAAAAUAUUUGCCGGAGCCAUUCGAUGCCGCAGCAUUCCAGUUCAAAGGACCACUUAUUAUUGAAUAUCCUAAAUUACAUAUUCUUGAGCAUGAUCUUACAAAUGCAAAACCAACUGGAAGCAGUGUAAAGGAUCAUGUUCAAUUCGAUGAAAACCUUAAUGUCGCUUACAACAUUGGAGAAAAUGUUGAAAUAAUUAUUAAAAACUAUGGACAAGGAACCAAAAUCGGAAGUGCUGAAGUGAUCAAAGAAGACGGAGGAGAUGAAAAUGAUGAGAUAACCAACGAACAAGAAAACGGUUCUAAACAUUCGAUAAUCGAAAACGGAGAAAAAAUAAUAGCAAAACAUUCGAAAACGCAAAAUACUCAAUCACGAGAUAAAAGAAGUGGAACAAUAGAAAUGUUAGAUCCGAGAAAGAAAUCUAGACCUGUAUCAGUCCGUACACAAAGAACACAACCAAGCAGAUAUUCCGAAUCAUCCACGCAAACUCUCAGGGUUGAGAGCGAAGCGAAUGUUAGAAGUCCUAACGAGCGGAUUUGGAUGGAUAUACGACAAUAUAACUCCAGCAUGGAGUAUGAAGCCAGAACAAAAAAGAGUAAAUUGUUACGGAAAAGAGCUUCAACUAUCUUACUUAAACAAACAGAUCUCGAUCAGGCACCGGCAAAAUCGAGGAAGAUAAUGUCAGCCAAUGAACAUGAUGCGUUAUCGAUCGGCGCUAAUAUCAUGCCAACAGUGAAGAUGAUGAAAUCUCAACAAAAAGAAGCUGAAGAUGCUAAUCCUUCUGCAUCCGGUUCAUCCAGAAGUCAAUACAAGAGCUGUGACACAUCCGAAAGGAUGCAUUGCAGCUCCUAUGUGGAGGCGGGAAAAGCAGUGACUUCUGGAAAACAAAAGACAAAUUAG